CGGGAGGGAGUGGUCAGCACGCCUUUCCCGCUAGUUGCCCCCUCUAGCCCGUAGUCUCGCUGCCCCGAGCCGCCCGUGCCCGCCGGCGGGCCGGGCCCACAAACAGCCCAGGCUCUCGGGGGGCGCGCGGGGGGCGGGGGGAGUUCCGGUUCCGGUUCUUUGUGCAGCUGCAGCGGCGGCUCCGGGAAGAUGGCGGCCCGGGCGGGUUUCCAGUCUGUGGCUCCGAGCGGCGGUGCCGGAGCCUCAGGAGGGGCGGGCGUGGCGGCUGCCCUGGGCCCGGGCGGAACUCCCGGGCCUCCCGUGCGAAUGGGCCCGGCGCCGGGUCAAGGGCUGUACCGCUCCCCUAUGCCCGGGGCGGCCUAUCCGAGACCAGGCAUGCUGCCAGGCAGCCGAAUGACUCCUCAGGGACCUUCCAUGGGACCUCCUGGCUAUGGGGGGAACCCUUCAGUCCGACCUGGCCUGGCCCAGUCAGGGAUGGACCAGUCCCGCAAGAGACCUGCGCCUCAACAGAUCCAGCAGGUCCAGCAGCAGGCGGUCCAAAAUCGAAAUCACAAUGCAAAGAAAAAGAAGAUGGCUGACAAAAUCCUACCUCAAAGGAUUCGGGAAUUGGUACCAGAAUCACAGGCCUAUAUGGACCUCCUGGCUUUUGAAAGGAAACUGGACCAGACUAUCAUGAGGAAGCGGUUAGAUAUCCAGGAGGCCUUGAAACGUCCCAUCAAGCAAAAACGGAAGCUUCGAAUUUUCAUUUCUAACACUUUCAAUCCGGCGAAGUCAGAUGCCGAGGAUGGGGAAGGGACAGUGGCUUCCUGGGAGCUUCGGGUAGAAGGACGCCUUCUGGAGGAUUCAGCCUUGUCCAAAUACGAUGCCACCAAGCAAAAGAGAAAGUUCUCCUCCUUUUUUAAGUCCUUGGUAAUCGAACUGGACAAAGACCUCUAUGGGCCAGACAACCAUCUGGUAGAAUGGCACAGGACCGCCACUACCCAGGAGACCGAUGGCUUCCAGGUGAAACGACCGGGAGAUGUGAAUGUACGGUGUACUGUCCUGCUGAUGCUGGAUUACCAGCCCCCCCAGUUUAAAUUAGACCCUCGCCUGGCUCGGCUCUUGGGCAUCCAUACCCAGACACGUCCAGUGAUCAUCCAAGCACUGUGGCAAUAUAUUAAAACACAUAAGCUCCAGGACCCUCACGAGCGAGAGUUUGUUAUCUGUGACAAGUACCUCCAGCAGAUCUUUGAAUCUCAACGGAUGAAGUUUUCAGAGAUCCCUCAGCGGCUCCAUGCCUUGCUUAUGCCUCCAGAACCCAUCAUCAUUAAUCACGUCAUCAGUGUUGACCCAAAUGACCAGAAAAAGACAGCUUGUUAUGACAUUGAUGUGGAAGUGGAUGACACUUUGAAGACCCAGAUGAAUUCUUUCCUGCUGUCUACUGCCAGCCAGCAGGAGAUCGCCACUCUAGACAACAAGAUCCAUGAGACAAUAGAAACUAUCAACCAGCUGAAGACCCAGCGAGAGUUCAUGCUGAGCUUUGCCCGAGACCCUCAGGGUUUCAUCAAUGACUGGCUUCAGUCCCAGUGCCGGGACCUCAAGACUAUGACUGAUGUGGUGGGUAACCCAGAAGAGGAACGCCGUGCCGAGUUCUACUUCCAGCCUUGGGCUCAGGAGGCUGUGUGCCGAUACUUCUACUCCAAGGUUCAGCAGAGACGGCAGGAGCUAGAGCAAGCCCUGGGGAUCCGGAACACAUAGGCCUCUCUCUCCACCCUCCCGCGGCUGCACCAGUUCCCUUUGGGCCCGUGCUGCUGCCUCAGCGGGCUGUGCUGGUCUUGCUUGAGGCAUCAGGAGAUGCUGUUGGUUCAAGGACAGCAUCCCAACGAAGAGGGUGUCCCCUUUGUUUCACAG